AUGGGCUUCAACAGGCCGGGCAAGGCCUUCGGGACCUCGCUCUCGACAAAAACCGCCAACAAGCUCAAGCGCCAGGAGCUCCAUGUGCUCAACAAGAAGGAGAAGGACAAGCUGCAGCGCGAAAAGCGCUUCCGCCGCAAGAAGGAGGAGGACAAGAACCCCGAGCUCAGGGCAGAGCGUCUCGCCAAGAACAAGCCCUUAACGCUCGACCAGAAGCGCGUGUGGGACGACGUCGACGACGACAGCCUCGGUCUGCAGGUGGACGUGGAGAGGCUCAAGAGGCGGAGGAUAGAAGAGGAGGAGGCGGCGCAAAACGCGCUGCUGGACAAGGAGAUUGACGCCGAGGAAGGAGAGGGUGACGACGAAGACGACGACGCCGACAGUAUGCUUGCUUCGGACGACGAGGACGAAGACGAGGACGAGGAAGCCGCGGCGGCGAAGAAGGCCGAGCGGGAGAGGAAACGCGAGGAGAAGAAGCGCGCGCGCAGAGACGACUCGAUGGCGCCCUCGACGACCAGCACGAACCUCGACCUCACCCCGUCCUCCCUCGCCCUCAAGUUCCCGGCCCUCUUCACCGACACCCCACCCCCGGAGCCCAAGAUCCUCAUCACCACCUCCCUCAACUCGACCCUCCACCACGAGGCCCAGAUCUUCCGCAGCGUCUUCCCCAACGCCACCUACGUGCCCCGCUCCUCCCACCGCUACGGCCACAAGUACUCCCUCCGCGAGAUCAGCAAGUUCGCCGCCAACCGCGACUACACCGCCGUCGUCCUGCUCAAGGAGGACCAGAAGAAGCUGACGGGCAUGUCCAUCGUCCACCUGCCGACCGGCCCCACCUUCACCUUCUCCAUCACAAACUUCAUGGAGGGCAAGAAGCUGCCCGGCCACGGCAACCCGACGAACCACUACCCGGAGCUGCUGCUCAACAACUUCAAGACCCCCCUGGGUCUGCUGACGGCGGCGCUCUUCCAGCGCCUGUUCCCGCCGCGGCCCGAGUUCGAGGGCCGCCAGGUGCUGACGGUGCACAACCAGCGCGACUACCUCUUCUGGCGGCGCCACCGCUACGUCUUCCGCGAGAAGCGCGAGACGGAGAAGAACAUCACCAACGCCGAGGGCAGCGACAUGAAGGGCGUCGAGGGCAUCCGCGUCGGUCUGCAGGAGGUCGGGCCGCGGUUCACGUCCAAGCUGCGGAGGGUGGACAAGGGUAUCGGCCGGGCCGGCAGCGAUGGCGACGACGCGCAGCCGUGGGAAUGGAAGGCCAGGAUGGAGAAGGACCGGAAGCGCUUCAACUUGUAA